UUAGAUUAUGGAUGAUGAAAAAAAUCUGAUGAUUGGAUUACAGUUUUCAUAUUACUUUCUUUCUAUUAAUCAUGCUAAUAGUAAUACUUGAUGAUAAACGUUUUAAACUAUACAUAAACAUUGCUUCAAGUCACACUGAUAUCUCUCAUAAUCACAUAACCACAUAUAUAGGCUAGAGCCACUAAUUUAUAUAUUAUAAUCUAUCAUUUUCGUUAAUAUUAGCCUUUGUUUAAUAAAUAAACAAAAAAGAAAAAAAGGACAACGACGACGUUUGAUAAUGCCUCACUUCCUUUAUAUAUCUGUCUUCUCUCCUUACCUUUCCCUUCCAAUAUUCUCUCCACUCAUUCCCAGAAACUCAGAUUAUCCAUUUUUUUUAAGAUACGCUUAGAAAAAUAAUAACAAUAUCAGAAUCAAGUCUCUCAGUUAUGGCGUCUCUGAUCUCAGAUACUGAACCACCUACGCAUUCAAACACAGUUUCUACCGAUCUAACUCGAAGAAAGAAGAGACUCUCUGUUCCCUCCUCCUCCUCCUCCGUAACCACCAGAGACGGUGAUAACCACGCGCGAUGGAGAUCAGAGAAGCAGCAGCGAAACUACUCAUCCAAGCUUGUCCAAGCGCUGCAACAAGUCCGCCUCACCUCUUCCUCAUCAUCUCCAACGCCUCAGAAGCGAGGAAAAGCCGUACGUGAAGCCGCGGAUCGCGCUCUCGCCGUCUCCGCUCGUGGCAGGACUCUCUGGAGCAGAGCGAUCUUGGCUAACAAGAUCAAGCUCAAGUUCCGGAAACAGAAACGGCCGAAACAGACGGCGAUACCGUCCUUGAUCACGACGGGGAGUAUCAGCGGCAGCAGAAGGUCGAAGAAACGGAGAGUGUCGGUUAUGAGAUUGAGUAAGAAGAGUAUACCGACGGUUAACCGGAAAGUGCGUGUUCUCGGCCGGUUAGUUCCGGGUUGCAAGAAAGAGUCAGUACCGGUGAUUCUUGAAGAAGCGACGGAUUACAUUCAGGCUUUGGAGAUGCAAGUCAGAGCCAUGAAGUCUCUAGCUGAGCUUCUCUCUGGCUCAAACUCAGCUUCUCCGCCGAUUUGAUGAGGAAAAACACUAAAGAAUGACUAAGCGACAAGAAGAAGGAAAUGACAAAAGCAAAAGUAUAUUUUUUAAAAAACAUUUAAGAAAGUGACUUGAAAAGUAUGAAGAAGCACAUGGGAGUGGCCAUGCCUUGUCCUCUUCUUUCCUUUAUACCUUCCUCUUAUUAUUAUUCUAUUGCUGGGAAACUCCUUUCAAAUGUAAUAUGUAAUAUGAAAGCUAGGUGAAUAAUCUCCACCUGAUAAUUCAAACAUGCAUGGAUUUGUGUGUAUAUGCGUGUUUGAUCAGUCCUUUCUUCAAGAGAACUCAUGUGUUAAAGAGAUGUUAAAGACACAUAAC